UUUAAACAAAAAGGAGAUUAUUCUCAAGUUUCCUCGUUCUUCUUACUAAAAUGAAAGCUAUUUACAAAUAUAUUAAAAAAAGUUUAUAAAUAUAUUUUUUUCUAUAUUUUAAUGAACCAAAAAAGAGUAAUAGCGUAAUAAAAACAAUAAAUAAUCUAUCGGCGUCGAUCUCCCCAAAGCGUCGCUUCAUAAAACAACCCACCGAUCUUCACCAUACCCGGCCGGCGUCGGUCUCUCUGACGUCGGUCGGUUGAUUGCUUCUCUUAAUCUCUUGUAUAUUUUCCUUUCUACACAGAUUACGUUAAUGAUAUUGGGGUUUAGAGAAUCCCAGUGUCAUCUUCUUUCUCGUUUCGUUAGCCCCGAUCCUUCCACGGAUCUCGAUUUUAUCAUCCUUUUGGUAUAGGUUGUGUAUCAUUAACACACAUACAUCAUCAAUCUUGGAGAGAAUGAUAGAUCCGAGACCAACUUCUGCUUUUCGGUUUAAUGGAUUCUGGGAACAGAGGGUUCGUAAUCUAACGAUGAGUUUGAUAUCAUCGUUCCAUUUUCUCUUUCUCCUUACGAGGAUUUGGAAAAAUAUUGAGAGUCAACAUGAAACCGAAGUUAUUUUUGAUUUGGAUUGGGUUUGGUUUAAGUCCGGUUUAUAUUGAGUUUUGGUUAAAUAAAACCUCGUACAAAUCUUCAACCCUCGUCAAAAACCACAAAUACGAUUUGGCCGCCAUUAAUGAAACUGAAGAGUUUACGUUCUAGGUUAAGUCCGGUUUAUCGGUUCAGUAUGAUUGGAUAUUUUGGUGGUUAAGUCCGGUUUAAAUUCAGUGAUAAAUAAACCCCAAACAUUUGCAAAUCUUUUAUAAACCCAAUUUUUUUGCUUUUCUCCCUUUCCAGAAGAUUUUCUCGGGAAAAUUCGAAUCAGGAGAAAGUGCAGUAAUGGAGGAAUCUUUGAAAGCAUUGCGAAUUAGGUUGAAAGCGAGAAAGAUUCUUGUGAGUUCAAGCCACAAUGAACUAGCGAUUGUUGUGGAUCACCUCUUUCUGCGUAAAGAAUCCGAACGAUAUCAAACAGCGCGAGCUCUGUACGAUCACUGCGUCGCUAAUUUCCCAGAUUGCUUAGCCUUAAAGCUUCUUCAGGUCUAUCAGGCUUCUUCCGAUGGCGUCACCAGAUUCCGAUCGAUCUAUCAACUCUCCGAAACCCUCACCGAUUUGAGAAACCGCGACUUCAAACUCUCUCUCGACUCUCUCUACGAAAUCAGAAGGGCUUUGAUUCCGUGCUUGACGAUGCAAGAAACCAAAGAAUCUGAUAUCAAGAUCCUCAGAAGAAUCGUGUCUUGUGUAGCUUACAAUGUCGUGGAGUUGCAUAAAGGCGAAUGGGACGAGCUCGGCGAUUGUAUCUUAACACUGGCGAGUAGCGAACCUGUUAACGCUUUUCACGUUUUUGUUGAUUUGCCAACAGUAUACAAGGGUUUCAUCAACAAGUUUAAGCACAAAAUCUUGGAGGAAGCUAGUAAGGUCUUUCUUGAUCCUUAUAGGGUCGAACAUUGGAGCUUGGCUUUACAAACUCUUGUUAAAAUGUGGAUUCAGCUGGUGAAUACAGGGAUGAGGGUCGAGUUGAUUGAUGUGUUAAUGGAGAUUCAGGUUUUCCCUUUUGUGAGUUCAGUAAAGAAGCUAAUUGAGAUGGAAAAGGAACUGUUUUUGGUAAAAGGGCUUGAAGAUUUCGAGAGGUUCUUCUCACGAGACAUGAGUCUGUAUCAUUACACUACGGAUCAGUGCCGUUUUGUGUCGACUUUAAUGAGCAAGAUCGAAGGAUUUGGGACUCAUUUGACCAAGGAGGUUGUGAUGAGGAUCAAAAUGCUGGUUACAGGACAGGACAACCGAGCCAUGAAACCACAUGAUGAUCUUAAGAAUCGUAGAGAAGAGUUUGACCAUGGCUGGAAUGAUCAUUUGAAGAAUUUGUCUUCGCUGGAAGUCUUGAGAAUCUUUGCGUCAACUGAACUUGAAGAUAGGUCCAGAGAGAUAGCUAUCAGACGGCUCAAGGUCUUACUAUCUGAUCACACUUCAGAGAAGGUGGAAAUAGAUGUUGCAGAGAUAAGAGAACUCCUACCAUUGCUCAUCUCUUGCUUAAAGGAAGGAGUUUCCGACAGUAUGUUCAAAGUCCUAGCUGAGGUGAUGAACGAUGUUACGUAUGAGAUGAUGAUCUGCCAAGAUGAUGAAUGCUAUGAGCUACGCGAUUAUAUUGCAUCGAGUACAACGGAGUUUCAGAGAGCGGUUUAUAUCUUCCAAUGCUUAUCAGUGGAACUUGUUGAUGAAGAUUUUUUGUACCCUGUGAUGGAUAAACUUUUCCCUGAGAUAAUCAAAGGGCUAGAGCCACCAGGAGAGUUGUUGGUAGAUAACAGGUUCUGGGUCUCAGCGUUUACCGGUGGCUUCUGUGCAGCAGCUCACUUGAUAGAGGGCCCAGGUAACGGUGGCGUCGUUAGCAAGAUUGCGCAUAAGAUGAUAGAUUCUGUAAGAGAGCUUGUUGAAAGAGAAAUGGAAGUUGGGCUUGUGAGGAGAGCUUUCAGAGAUGUUGAAACCAUUGUGGAGAAACAGUUGGUAUGGUACAGUACAAGCGAAUACAAAUUCCUUAAGGCUCUACUUUGGAGACUGUAUACAAUCGAAGGGAUGAAAUGGGAAAGUAAGAUUGUAUUGUGGAGAAUCAACGUGGUAGUCGAGAGAGAUGUGAAAGAAGAGAAGAAAGAGCUACCAAAGGAGGAUGAGUUUGAUUGGGCGAACUUUACAGUUGAAAAGGUUGAAUAGAACACUAGUUUUUUUUUUUGUUGGGUGUAUAGUCUGAAAUUGUGCAGAGUCUUAGUUUUUUGGUGUUUAGUUUGCUUGGAGAACAAAUUUGUAAAGAAAGAGAUAGAUAGAGUGCCGGAAUAUGUAUUUAGUUCUUGAAACACUUCAAU